AUGGGAGCAGCUGCUGAAGUCUGCGAAGUGGUUCGCAUCUACUGGCCGCUCUUGUUGGGCAACGUCUUGGAGUGGUAUGAGUUUGCCAUCUUCAGUUUCCUGGAGCCCUAUUUCCAGACCAACUUCUUUCAUGACUCAGCCAUCUCCACAUGGCUUGGAUUUGCUUGCACCUUCGCUGCACGCCCAUUCGGUGGCCUGUUCAUCGGCUUGCUGGGCGAUGUCUUUGGCCGCAAGGUCUCUGCCUUCGUGUCAAUCUUCGGGAUGCUAUUCGGCACCGUCGGCCAGGGCAUGGUACCCAGCUACCGGUGUGGUGACUUCGCUGGCCAUGUGGGCUGGGUCCUGCUGAUAGCUCUGCGGAUCUUGCAAGGCGUUGCCACAGGUGGGGAAAUUGCCGCAGUCUCCACCUACAUCACGGAGGUGGGCUCCCAGCGCGUGCUGGCAAGGUCCAUGGCCCUGCUGGGAAUUACUUGCAGCGUGGGUGUCUUCCUGGCGCAGUUGGCGAGUUACCUGGUUGUUUCAGUGUCCGGCGAGGAGGCGGCAUCUGAGUGGGCUUGGCGGCUACCGUUUAUCACCGCCAUCAUCCCUGGGCUGAUUUCAGCACGAGGUCGUCAAGACAUGCCGGAGUCGAAAAUCUUCCUGGACCAGAACACUCGUAAGAGUGCAGGCUUGGACACAGCCGCCGGAUCAUUGCGAGGAGUCGCGGGAAGACUUCAUGCCGUCUUAAAGUCUCAUUCUGCGGCACUCACACUGGGCACCCUAUCUGUGGCUGGCACAGCCAUGCUGUCUUAUGGUGGCUAUGCUUGGGGGUUAGUCUAUCUCGAAAAGCACGGCGCCACACAAGCAAGCCUGAUUCUGGCCGGAACGAUCGGGCGCGCAGCCGCGAUCCUUUUGGCACCUCUUGUAGGUUGGCUGGCAGACAUGAGAGGUGUAGCCUGGAAUCAGUUCUUCGGGUCCUGCAUGCUGGCGCUGGCGGGCAUUCCCUUCUUCCUCGCAAUCGUGCGGAGCCCGGACGUUUUCGAAGUCGUGGUCUUCGCAUUCGGGCUCGGAUAUGGUGUCCUCCUGGCGUUUAACUCCAUGGUGCUGCCUUUGCACGUAGUUGAGCUGUUCCCGGCCUCUGUUCGACAUGUCGGCGUGGGCACGAGCUACAAUGUUGGAAUGUGUUUGUUUGGAGGAUUUGCACCUGCUUUGUUUGAGCUCUCGCUGAAGGUGAGCCCUCUGUUUCCCGGAGUCUUACUCAGCCUUUCUGGCUGCAUUCCAGCGCUGGCUAUACUUGUCAGCCUGCGAUUGCAGGCCCGGGGCCUUCUCUGCUUACCGCACAUCCGGCCAGCUCCAUACUUCGGACGCUUGAAGCCGUGCAAAGAAUGUCAGACAGAUCUCUCCUUCGUCGUAGAUGCAUGA